GCUAAGAGAGAUUGAAAGGUUAUUCCAGCCACCCAAGAUUCGGCAAGAAAGAAUGCAGACCUUGCUGGAAACACAUUCGAGAAGAAUUUCAACACUGCACCAUGUCUUCAAAAAUAUACAGCGUGCGCCCGCCGGCGGUGACAAGAGACGGGCUGGAGACCUUGUUGCGCAUCGAAAUGAAGAAAGACGAUCUUGCUGCUGAGGGUCUGAAAGCCGGAGAUGCUAUCAAAGUGAUAUCUCAUUCAACAGGAAAGGGUGGCGUUGGUGUUGCAUAUCUCUCGACCGAUACUGUAAAAUCCCAGGGAAAUAACUCGUAUGUAAAGAUGCAUCCCAAGCUCAGGAAUUACAUGAACUUGGAUCUGAGCGACAAGUGCUCCAUCUCCAAGUACGAAGGCGUGCAGCCAAAAAUUAAGUGCCUUACGCUCGCCGAGGGAGACUCUGGCUACUCGGGAGACUCGAUAGAUUGGGUGGAAAUCGCACUACGACAGUUGCCCGGUAUUAUUGCCGGAGCUGCCUUCACUGUAUGUCCAACAUACGGGUUCAGCACCGUCAAGAAAAAAAUCCUUACCGUUGUGACCGUCGAAAACAGCGACGAUCUCGGAAAUGGUAACCUUGCAAUACCUCCUCGCUUUGAAGCCGGUUAUAGCAGGAUCGAGACCAGCGCUUCCACCCUCGAAACAAUUAAAACAGAUCCUUCGGCGAAGGAAAACAUUGUUGUUGAUCCUCGCUUCACUGGUCUACCUGGCCUUGAAGAACAGCUGAGCGAGCUCUCAAAAUGUAUUCGGAGGGUUAACCGACAGGUUGAGCAGCGGUAUGAGCACCUUGCCGGCUGCGUUCCUAUUCUUCUCCACGGACCAACUGGCACCGGAAAAUCUAUUAUCUUGGAACAGCUAUCGAAGUCCUCCGGUUGGAGGAAAACUGUGCAUUUGGGCCCAUCAGACCUGAAUUCAACGGCUAGUAAAAGCCGAUCAGCAAUAUCCAAUGCGUUCUCAGAAGCCAUGGGAACCCAGCCAAGCUUGCUGAUUCUCGAUGACCUACACAUGAUCGCGGGAAGACAAGCUGAGUCUGAUACACACGGCCACCAUCUUAUCAAGCACAUUACAGAGCUCAAGGGUACAAAGGUCCAGGUUGUAGCAGCGGCCAGGCGCCCGAUUGACGUAGAGCAAAAACUAGUCUCUUGCUUCAUGAAAAAGAUCGAACUGCCAAGCCCAACGCAGAAAUCGAGACGGAUGAUCCUAGGUCAUCUUGCGGCGGGCCUUGCCGAUGACGCGGUGCUGCAGUAUGUUGCUGAGAAGACGCAUGCCUUUACUGCCGCUGAUCUGCAAGCGCUUUGUUUCGCGGCCUUUGAAUCAGCAGAGCUGCGGAGCAUGAAAGAAAAGACUAAUCCACAGAAAUCUAACUCAGAGACGCUGCCCGCGAUGUCCGACCAAACUUACCAUCUGCCAAGUACCUUGACUAGAGAAGACUUUCAAAACGCUCUCCGUCAUAUUCAUCCCUCGCUCAUGGACGAACUGUACAUCGAAGUUCCUCGUGUGUACUGGUCUGAUAUCGCCGGCUCUUCCCAUGUCAAGUCAAAGCUUUGGGAAGCCGUAGAACUCCCUCUCAAGCAUCCCGACGUGGUCUCACGCCUGAACUUGAGACCCUCCUAUGGUAUCCUCUUGUACGGACCGCCCGGCUGCUCCAAGACAAUGACAGCCAAAGCGUUGGCCACGGAAUCCGGACUGAACUUCAUCGCCGUAAAAGGACCGGAACUGGUGAGCAAGUACGUGGGAGAGUCAGAGUACAAAAUCAGAGAAAUAUUUAGAAAGGCAAGGGAGGCCAGCCCGAGCAUCAUUUUCUUCGACGAGAUAGACAGCAUCGCGCCCAAUAGAGAGGGAGGUGGAGGCCACGAAGGAUUGAACACAGUCGCGACGCUUUUGAACGAGAUGGACGGAGUCGAGGACGUAGCAAGAGUGCUCGUGUUAGCUGCUACGAAUCGGCCGGACGCCAUAGAUCCCGCUUUGUUACGCCCUGGCCGCCUGGGGACGACGCUUUAUGUGGGACCUCCAAAUCGCGAAGCUAUAUUGCAAAUCCUGAAGAUGCGGACUGAGCUGAUGGGCAGCAAACCGGGCGAUUUAGAAUUAGAGACCAUUGCCGACAAGAUGUCUGCUACGGGGCGGUUUUCGGGCGCGGACGUGGCCGCACUUUGCGAUGCAGCAGGUAUGCUCUGUGCCACGGAGGCUGUUGCCGCUCCGAACAAUGUAGAGGUGGUCAAUCUGCAACAAAGGCAUCUUGAACAGGCGCUUGAAGCUACGGAACCAACUCUAGACAAGAGAUCACUGGAGUUCUUGCAGAGCUGGACCGUUGGGAAACACUUGUAAUUGGUACACUUUAUACACAACAUCUACUUUGCAAACACCAAAAUAAAACAAGACCUCCACGUCUCUUGUUCCUUUGACGAGAUAGUUAUCACAGUUACCGGCCAUUAACAUCUCGCGGACGCUUGCAUGUCUUUAAUUGGUGAGGCCUGUCGAAGAGACGGAUCCAACUACG